AUGGAUGGUGUUGUCGGGGUUCAGAGCGGCCUGGUUCACGGCCGCGUCGCCGACGAGCCUCCCGGCGUCGGCGAACGCGACGCAGGACGGCGUGAGGAGGUUGCCCUGGUCGUUGGCGAUGACCUCGCCAUGGUCGUGUCGCCACACGGCCACGCACGAGUACGUCGUCCCCAGGUCGAUGCCGACCGCCGGCCCGUCGCCAGUCGAUGCCGCCAUCUCCAUGUUCUCAGAUGCGAGGCAAGAAACAGAUGCCGCUGCCGCCCCAGACGACCUCCGGGAGUCGGAGAGACUCCAGGUGUGAGCGCGGCGCCGGCGCGAGAGUACGGUGGUAUUGGCUGA